ACCAGCAUGACAGAGAUCGAUUCAAAAACUCCCGGCAUGGUGGGCUGGAUUGUUCAGGGUCUGGGCCUUUCGAUGCCACAGCCAGCGCUUAAAAACAAAGAAGGAUGUUUGGAGGACGGGAAGGUUGUGCAAAAUGCAGGCAGUGCUCGGUCAGCUCCCGGAGACCUCGUUCUUGAGGAGGUCGACUCUGAAGAUGAAGCUCAAGAAAAGUAUACAUGUCCAACAGCGAACUCACUGCCAAAUUCACAACCUCAGUCCCAACCACAAACACCUUGGUCACCGGAACAGUCUCUUCCACUGAGCGUCACCACACCCUCACAAGCACACAUAGAACUGGAGGACGCAGAAACUCAAACUGCACGAUGGACGCCCAUGAUAGAGAACAUCAGGAGAGAGGCGGAGGACACCGCCAUAUUAAUUAUGGAGGAACGGUUGAUACAGGAGCGUCUGGCGAUGGCUCGGAUGGCAGAGGAGGUGGCACGGCAGACAGCAGAGAUGGCUGUCAGGGAGUUGGCACAGGCCCGGUUUGGCAUUCAGACCAUUGCAGAAGAGCCAGAAGAUGUUGAUCAAGAAUUACAAGUGCUACAGGAAGAGGAAAGUGAUGUAGAAGUAAUACGAAAUCAAAUUGCAGAGUGCCAGGUACCUUCAGUUAAGGAGUUUCUUCCAGAAGGACAAGAGGCAGAGGCUGUAGACACUGCUUUUACAGUUCAAACCCCUGUGGAGGAGUUCAAGUCCUCUUCACCUCUACAAGAGGAACCAGAGCCAGAGCCUGAGGAGCUUCAUGACGAGGAGGAGCUCAGGGACUCCACUGAAGCAGAAGAAGAACCUGAGCCGAUCACUCAGCAACCUCAGUCUAUUACCAGCACCUCUGCCUCACCAACUGAUUCACAGGUGGAGAGUACAGCUUCUGAAGAAGAAAGCAGUGCUCCUACCAGAUGCGAUGCACUGAAGAGAUGUUUCAUGCGUGUACCAUAUGCACCACAGGCCCUUGACAACUUUAGCCAGUUCCUGACAGACAUCGGCUUCACUUUGCCCAAAGUGCCUUCCAUGCCCAAUCUGCCCCCUGCUCUCUCUCAAAUCACCCAACAGCUGCCAUCACUCCCUCCCCAACUGGCACAGCUACCGCAACAAAUUUCCCAGCGAUUCUCCAAAAUCACCCCACAAUUCCCAAACCAGACGCUUUUUAGUGCUCCUCAUUUUCCAAGUGUCCCCGUGCAGUUAUCCAGCCUUUCACAACAGCUGUCCAACAUUCCGCAACAAAUUUCAAACCUCCCACAAAAGGUAUCCAACUUUCCCCAAAGGUUCACCAGCAUUCCACGGUUUUCCAUCCUUCCACAACAGGUCUCCAACAUUCCGCAACAACUCUCCAGCAUUCCACAAAAAAUAUCCAGCAUUCCACAAAAGAUAACUAGCAUUCCACAGUGUGCCCAGCAGUGUUUCUCCAACAUUCAAAGCCGCCUCAAACUUAGGCCAGAACAGGAUGCCCAGGAGCAACCACAGAAGAGUAGGGAUCUGGAGUUGGACCGUCUUGUCCGCCAGUCCCCGCUCCAAUCCCCCCGUACCCCUUCACCCUCUUCCCCAAGCUCAGUCCUAGACUUGCCCAAUGUGCCCUCUUACCCCCGUCUGCCACCCAUCACCCCUUCCAGGCAGUUAUCUGGCGUUUCCAACCCUGCCUUCCACGUUGAGGACAACCCCACUUCUGCUAGACCCUCAGUGAGCUCCAGACUGAGUGUGCACCCAGCUGUGAAUGUCGAAGAUGUCGACUCAGACCGAGGGAAAGGAGGAAGACGAUCUCGCCCAAUACCACCAAUAAUAAACCCACAGGACCCUAACCUCAAAACCCUCACUGUCCCUGGUGCCCGUAAAGCCAAUCGGACCAGCAAGAGACUUUACUCACAAGAUGAUGAGGAAGAAGAGGAGUUAGAAACUGCAGUCCGGGCAUGGCCAAGCCAGAGUAGCAUCUCAAGCGCAGAUGAUGGGCUAAAUCAGCGGCCAACCUCUUCAGCCAGCCAAACUAGUACUGUAGUAAAUGAGAGGUUACAGGAGCUGGUCAAGCUGUUUAAAGAGAGAACAGAGCGAGUUAAAGAAAAGCUGAUCGAUCCAGAUAACUCAGAUGAUGAAACACCACCUGCCUCCCCAGCCAAGCAAGCUCCAGCUCCUCCUCCUCCUUCUGAACCUCCAGCAGAGCAGAAAACAGAGCAGGAGGUACCGGAGGCUCCUGCUGAGAAAGAAGAGGAGAAAACAAAGCUCCUAUGCUGUAAACUGAAACCUCAAUCCAGGAUUGGUCGGCUUCUGCAGUACCGUUUUCCAUCCAGCAUCGACCCCUUCACCAAUCUCAUCUACGUACUUUGGCUGUUUUGCGUGUCUUUGGCGUUUAACUGGAACGCGUGGAUGAUUCCUGUGCGUUGGGCUUUUCCAUAUCAAACACCGGAUAACAUCCAUAUUUGGCUGUUGAUUGACUACUUAUGUGAUGCCGUUUACAUACUGGACAUCCUUGCCUUUCAACCCAGACUGCAGUUUGUUCGUCAUGGAGACCUUGUGACCGGCAAGAAAGAGAUGAGAAAUAAUUACAUCAAAGCUGUACGAUUCAAGCUGGAUGUGUUCAGUCUACUUCCUCUGGAGCUUCUCUACUUCAAAACAGGGAUUAAUCCACUUCUGCGCUUACCCAGGAUCCUGAAGUUCAUGUCUUUCUUUGAGUUCAACAAGCGUCUGGAAGCUAUACUGACCAACGCUUACGUUUACAGAGUUAUUCGGACCACCACCUACUUGCUGUAUGCCGUCCACUGCAAUGCCUGUCUGUACUACUGGGGCUCUUCAUAUGAAGGUCUGGGUUUCUCAGAUUGGACCUAUGAUGGGACCGGCAAUAGUUAUUUUCGCUGCUACUACUUUGCUGUGAAGACUUUGCUUACCAUCGGUGGUCUGCCAGAACCCAAAACACUUUUUGAGAUUGUGUUUCAGCUCAUCAAUUACUUUAUUGGAGUGUUUGUGUUCUCCAUCAUGAUUGGUCAGAUGAGAGACGUUGUUGGUGCAGCGACUGCGGCUCAGACAAACUAUCGUGCCUGUGUGGAUAACACUGUGAAGUACAUGGCCUCCUAUCGCAUCCCUAAAGAUGUGCAGAACAGAGUGAAAACCUGGUACAGCUACACGUGGCAGUCCCAGGGCAUGCUGGAUGAACAAGAGCUAUUAGAUCAACUACCUGACAAGAUGAGGCUGGAUAUAGCAGUGGACGUCAGCUACAACAUUAUAAGUAAAGUGCCACUUUUCCAGGGCUGUGAUAGACAGAUGAUCUUCGACAUGCUGAAGAGGCUCAGAUCAGUGGUGUACCUCCCAGGAGACUAUGUCUGCAAGAAGGAUGAAGUGGGUCGUGAGAUGUACAUUAUAAAGGCAGGGGAAGUCCAGGUAGUCGGUGGUCCCGAUGGAAAGACAGUGUUUGUGACCCUGAAAGCAGGAGCUGUGUUUGGAGAGGUCAGCUUGCUUGCUGUGGGUGGAGGAAACCGGCGGACAGCUAAUGUGGUAGCACGUGGUUUUGCUAACCUCCUCAUCUUGACCAAAAGGGACCUGAAUGAGAUCAUGGUGCACUAUCCAGAGUCCCAGAAACUGCUGCGCAAGAAAGCAAGGAAAAUGGUGAUGAAGGAUAAAAAGCCUGCUGAGAAGAAAGAGGAAGAAAAGGAGCCCAUACCGAUUAUUCCUCCUCGUGCCGAGACGCCCAGACUGUUAAAAGCUGCGCUGGAGAUGACAGAAAAAACAGGAAUGAAAGGGACAUGGUCCAAACUUAAGGACAGGAGCAACAGAUCAAGUGUCUCCUUGCAGCACUCCAUCUCUUCCUCUGCGGCGCCCAACUCUCCAGUCCAUGAAGCGCACUCAGAUCAAGAUGCAGACACUCUGUCUCAGAUAUCAGACAGCUCAAUGCAAAUCCCCACGACCCCCACCGAUGUUGGAGACAGGAAUGUAUUUGCUGAAGACGGCCCAGCGGAGGAGGAAACUAAAUAGAAAAGAAGUAAUCCGGCGGCAAAUAAUGCGGCUACGAAAUAACCCAGACAGCUGAGACCAUCAAAAUUAUCUGCCGGACAAUGUUGUGCUCAGCGUUUUGCUUCUGAAAUGGGUCAUGAGGUCAGAUGCAGUCAGAGAACUCAGGAAAACUGUCUUCUCAUUUUGUUUUCUCAUGCAGAAUAUAUAUAUAUAAAUGUAAUAAGCAUAACCCAUGAGGUCUCCCCAGAAUAUCCGAAUGCUUUUGGCUUUGGUCAGACGUCAGUUACUAAUAAGUCAACUAAUAAUUAUUUAUCUCUUGAUAAAUAACGUGAUGUAGAUACUUCCACCUCUUUGCGUACCUAAUUAAGAGCUAUUGCAUUAAAACAGACCUAAAAUCUCAUUUGCUUCUGUUAAGUGCCUUAAUAAAGCCUGAACACUGUUAAGCACUGUACACACCCUCAGUGCUCACUGCUAUAUGAGUUCCUAUAUUUUUAGCAAUAUGUAGCAUUUUGCCCCAGAUUUAACUUACAGAGUUAACUUAAAAACGCAAUACAUUUCAGCUGUGUGGCCUGUUUGAAACACCGUAGGUCUAAACUAAAGAUGUUACAUUAAUAUGAUAUGCAUAUAAAUAUGUGACUUUUUUUUUGUAUGUGUAAACUAAAUCUUUUGGAAUUAUUGGUAGUCUUUCAGGUCGGUUAGAUUCUCUGUGGGACAUCCGUGCUGAAGAUAAUAGUGUCAAAGUGUUCAAAUAUGAGUAAUUUUAUUCCUCUGUUCAUUAUAUCCAGAUGUAGGGGGGAAAGUUUUUGCUGCCGUUAACUAAGUAAAAUCAAAUAUUUAACAGCUUUUUGGAACCAGGAAGAGAUGGGCAGAAGGUUUGAAAAUGAAAAUCGCCUUUUUUAUAUAAAUUGUUUCUUAUUUUUAAUUACGUUUUUAUAGUUUUUGUUUUUAUAGCUUCCUUGAUAUAUAAGUGUGCGUCAAACACUGGAAAAAGCUGUAGGAGAGUUGCGUGUAAAAUUAAAAAUAUGCUUUUGAGCUAGCAGCUAGACAUUAUGUACAAGCUUUAUUUAUGAGUAUUAUUUACUCGUGUAAAUGUUAUUGAUUGCUGGUACUGUUUAUGAUUUGUAUUACAUUGCUGUUGCAGAAUGUUUAGUAUGUUUAGUACAUUUUGAGCAGCUGAAAUGUUUUAUGGCCUGGGUGACUCAACUGUAAAUAUUCAUCUCUAGGUCAGUGUUCAGUGAUUUGAAAUUGUGUCAGAAUUAAAGCAAGUGAUUAUAUGGCUCUUUGUAUAAUCUUUGAUGCUCCACUGUGCAAUGUUUUUUUUCUUACACAGAAAAGCACAGAAAACU